GCAAUGUCCAUCAAAAAAGCGGCGAAGAUCGCCAAUGCUUUUGUGGGAGAUGGGCUCCGUCAGUCCACAGCACAUGAGCUGGGACGCAAAGGCCGAUCCCGUGACUUCUGGCGCUGGAUGAAGCUUCCCUUCGACCCUUACCCGGUGGAGCUCCCCUUGAACAAAUCAGGCUUGGAUCCCCAUGUAGUGAUGGAAAACACCAACUUUGUUUUGCCGUCUGAUAUGCUGGCUGAGUUGGAUAUUUGCGUCUUCGGUCCCGAAGGACAUACAUCCUUGGCUACCUAUUGGGCCAAAGAAUGUGCUGACUUCAUGCAAAAAAUCAAGCUCAACCAGGCCGACGCGGCGUUCGCCAUUCCCCUCUUUCUUCAUGAAGAUGGUGUUCCCAGUUUCAAGGACGAAUCCUAUUCUUUUUGGAGCUGGAGCUCGCUGUCACGGCAUCAAAGCGCCUACUCCAGGGCCUUCGUGGUGGGUUUGCCUAGCUCUCGUGUGCUGCCAUCCACACGAGCAACAAUCUGCGACGUGCUGGCCUGGGAUCUGGCCAACUUGGCAAAAGGCGUGCGACCGACGCAUGAUCACCGUGGAAGGGUGCUGACAGGCAACCGUGCCAAGCUCGCUGGCAAGGCCAUAUGUGGCGGUUACACUGCUCACUUCGCUUGGUGGAAGGGGGACAUGGAAGCCAGAGUUUCUGCUCACAACCUGAUGACUCGCUGUAAACUGAUCUGCGACCUCUGCCUGGCCACUGCUGAUCGACGGCUAAGCUACGGGGACUUCUCCAGCUCGGCACUGUGGCGGCAACUGCAGGGUGGAGUCAGCGACGAAGCAGAUCAGAGCCACUGGCUUCCCGUCCCGGGAUACUCGAGAUCGAGGAUUCUCCUGGACAGUAUGCAUUUGCUGAAUCUAGGAACCAUGCGGGAUAUCAUUGCAUCUGCCCUGACAUCCUGGCUGCUGCUUGGUAUACUGCAGAAGCACCUCGGCACCGGCUACAAUGAGGUGAACAAAGCCCUGCACCGGUUCACAUAUCUCGGCAAACAGUGGGCCAAAACAGUCGGCGAAGAACUCAACAUCAAGGAACUUACACGAGCCAAAAUUGGAAUGCCCACGAGUGGCAUGGUCCUGAAACAGUACCCUGAGCUGGACUCACGAAUCAAGGAUCAGUGUGAUGCAUCGACAGCGCUCUUCAAGCUGCAUUUGGAUGCCUAUCAAUUUCUGGCACUGGACUCCCUGGCCAAAGGGCGCCUUCUCUGGCACCUGCGGCCAAAAUUUCACUACAGCGACCACCUGUUGCAAUGGGCGAAAUCUUCGAAGAUGAAUCCUCAAGCCGUGUCCAAUUUUAUGGACGAAGACCAUAUGAAGUUCAUGUCCAGAACCGGUGCACGCAUACAUAUCAUGUUUUCCAUCUUGGUGCUGUUAAUGAAUCGCGGCGAGUCUCCACCCUGCAACUCUCAAUAUGGAGUUCGCGAAACGGUAUAUUCUGAGAAGAUCAAUGCAAUAUUCGAGACUGAACCGACCAGGCGAACGCGAG